AUGUUUAGAGCAAUAAGAUCAUUAUCAAAAGCAAACCAUGCCGUAUCUCGUCGUUAUUUCGGUACUGUUCCCACCGUUCCUACUUUUAAAACCUCCCAAUUACCCAAUGGUAUGACAGUGGCAAGUGAAGUAAUUCCAGGAACAAGAACCGCCACUGUUGGUAUUUGGAUUAAUGCUGGUUCUAGAACAGAUUCCCCAAAGGAAAGUGGUACUGCUCAUUUCUUAGAACAUUUGACAUUCAAAGGAACUAAAAAUAGAUCUCAACAUGUAUUAGAAUUAGAAAUUGAAAACUUGGGAUCAUCAAUUUGUGCAUAUACUUCAAGAGAAAACACGGUAUAUCAUAUUAAAUCUUUAUCAAAAAAUUUAGAUCAAUCUAUGGACAUGUUGAGUGAUCUACUUACAAAUUCAAAAUUAGAACCAAGAGCAAUUGAAAAUGAAAGAUCGGUUAUCUUACAAGAAAGUGAUGAAGUUGAUAAAAUGCAUGAUGAAGUUGUAUUUGAUCAUUUACAUGCUGUUGCAUUCAAGAAUCAAGAUUUAGGUAGAACCAUUUUAGGUCCUCGUGAAAAAAUUAAAACAAUUAAUAGAAGUGCUAUAUUAGAUUAUAUAAAGACAAAUUAUAAAGGUGAUAGAAUGGUUUGUGUUGGUGUUGGUGAUGUCGAUCAUGAGAAAUUAGUAGACUUAACCAAGAAAUAUUUCAAUAGAAUUGAAAAAUCAGAAGUCCCAUUCCAACAAAAUGGUGGAGACUUACCAAGAUUCUACGGGGAUGACAUUAGAAUUCAAGAUGACUCAAUGCCAACUACUCAUGUUGCUCUUGCUGUUGAAGGUCCUAGUUGGAGUGCUCCCGAUUUCUAUGUGGCUUCCGUCGCAAAUAAUAUUGUCGGGGCGUGGGAUAGAUCUAUGGGAUCAGGUAAAGAUUCUCCAUCGCCAUUAGCUGUUGCUGUAGCAACUAGAGGUCCAGGGAAUACACCAAUUGCAAAUUCUUACAUGGCAUAUACUACUUCCUAUGCUGACACUGGGUUAAUGGGAGUUUAUUUCGUAGCUGAAGCAGAUAUGGAUUUGAGUCUUAUUGUAGAAGAAAUACAAAAAGAAUGGGCAAGAUUAAGAAAUGGAGAUUUUUCAGAAGCUGCAGUUGAAAGAGCAAAGGCUCAAUGUAAAGCUGGAUUUGUGUUAGCAUUGGAUGAUUCAACAGUACUUGCUGAAGAUAUUGGUAGACAAUUAGUCAAUACUGGAAUCCGAUUAAGUCCUGAAGAAGUCUUUGAUAGAGUUGAUUGUAUAACUAAGCAAGACGUGGUAAAUUGGGCUAAGUAUAGACUUGAAGGUGCUCCUAUUGCAGUUGCUGCUUUAGGAAAUGUAAUGACUUUACCUUCCCUUGCCCAAAUUUCAGAAGGGAUGUCCAUGUAA